CUCGUAGCUAGAUGUCGCUGAUGGUUUGACGUUUGUCAUUCAACUUUGUCAGCUGACUUGUCCCGUGAAGUUUCUGCAAAAAUAAAACGAAAAUAUGUCUUCGAAAGAUAGGCUGCCAAUUUUCCCUUCCAGAGGAGCCCAAAUGUUGAUGAAGGCGAGGCUUAAGGGGGCCCAAAAGGGGCACAGUCUGUUAAAAAAGAAGGCUGACGCUUUGCAGAUGAGAUUCCGUAUGAUUUUGAGCAAAAUCAUAGAGACUAAAACCCUUAUGGGAGAAGUAAUGAAAGAGGCUUCUUUCUCACUUGCCGAAGCUAAAUUUGCCACUGGUGAUUUUAAUCAGGUCGUGUUGCAGAACGUCACCAAGGCUUGGCUUAAAAUCAAGACCAAGAAAGACAAUGUUGCUGGUGUGACUUUGCCGGUAUUUGAGUGGUAUGAGGACGGUACAGAUCCCAACAUGUUGGCUGGUCUUUCCAGGGGUGGCCAGCAGUUGACAAAAUUGAAGAAAAACUAUCAAAGCGCUGUAAAAUUACUCGUUGAGUUGGCUUCCCUCCAAACUUCUUUCGUCACUCUUGACGAUGUCAUCAAAAUCACCAACAGAAGAGUAAACGCUAUCGAGCACGUAAUUAUUCCGAGAAUUGAACGCACUUUGGCUUACAUUAUCUCCGAAUUGGACGAGCUGGAAAGAGAAGAGUUCUAUAGAUUGAAGAAAAUCCAAGACAAAAAAAAGAUUAUCAAAGCUAAAGCUGAAAAAAUUAAGGCAGAGCUUAAAGCUGCAGGUCUUCUAGCUGAAGCUCAAGGGAGUGGGAACAAUAUGCUUGAUGAAGGUGAUGAAGAUAUUCUUUUUUAAUUGUAUACAUUUUACAAAAACGCCACUUGUACAUUCUUUAUCAUUUUUAAAUGUUUGUUGAAUUUUGAAAAAAAAGUAUUCAUAGAUUAGGGUUAAGGCAAUACUUUUAAAGUUGCUAUUAUCAAAACAAUAAUUGUAGGCUUAAGAUACAAAACUUCUAGUGUUUACUCUACAUGUAUAUAUUUUAUGUAAAAAUAAAAUGUUACUUAAUA